AGCGUUCAAAUUUGUUUACAAAACGUAAGCACCGACUUACAGGUUCGUAGCAAGUAAAGACAGUGAUAUUAAUGUGUUAUCCUCAUCUGGGGCGAAUUGGGACAGUUGUUUAGCCAUGUUGAUUGACGGAGAACAUGAUUCUUAGCUUUACUGAACCAUGAACAUGGCUUCACCUGCCUCCAACUCAACGGGACUAUCCCUGGCAACGAUGUCCCCGGCCGUGGCACUGGCACUAUUUGACAACUGUGCCGCGCUGAUAAUCGCCGGGGUUCCACCCGGGACGGAAUUCGGCAUUGAUCAGCACAGCUUCCUGAUCGGAGAGGACUUCCGGGGCGUGAAGAUGAUUCCGGAGGGCGUACACUUCGUGUACUGCGCUGCCAAGGGAGCCUACGGCGAGACGGCUCCACGUGUGGGUUUCGUGCAUCAUUUCACACGUGGUGAGAUUGUGGUCCGUGAGUGGGAUCACGAGAAAGAAGAAUUGCGUCACCGGGUUCACGACAACGUGGAAGGGGAGAUGGCAAAGAUUAGGGAGAAUUUGAGGAAUCUUGAUAAGUAUCUGGCUCCAUACGACUACGACAAGUAUACUGCAUGGCAAAAACUAACUGGAAACAUAACGCAGAACACAGUUAGCCGUCAUUCGCCCGACUGUGGCGUGAUACGGAACACAGUUGAGCUACUUUCGUGCCCUGAUGAAGAACGGCCGCGAGGUCAGGUCAUCACGUCGCCGAGGCUUUCAAAAAUCCGAGCACUUGUAAAUGAUGAGGAGCUGCUUCCAAAUCUGAAGUCGAUACCUGGAACUGCACCUAAAUUCACAACGUUACCGUUACGUUGCCCAAAGGAUGCCUCACCGUCGGAUGUUUCCAGACAUCAUAUGGAUUGCAUAGAAGCCGUUGAUCUGCUGCUUAGCAGUCGAGAAAAGGUAAUUUUUGAAGAGAUUGAAUUUUCGUUUAUCCUAUUUGUGUGUGGACAUUCCGUAGAAGGUUUGAGCCAUUGGCGAAAAAUACUGGGACUGCUUGCUAAUUCCGAUCAAGCCGUCGAAAAGUAUCGCAUCUUUUACAGAAAUUACCUAACCGUGCUACAGUAUCAGCUGCCAGAGCUACCGAUCGAACUUAUGGAGCAAACGCAGUCGAAUACGGUUUAUCUAGAUGUGCGAAAGUUGCUGCUGAAUUGCUACCAAGCAGGUCUUACUUCGGUCGCUCAAACGCUCGAGAAGAGUCUUAAGGGAUCGUUGCUUUGGAAGUUUGAAGAUUUGUUCUCGGAAGAUCCGGACGAUUUGCCAACGUUUGUAGAGUUUAUAAAAGUAGGGUAGUUGUUGUGAUUGAAAGUAACCGGAAAUAAAUAAUUGAAAUGAA